GAGGAAGGUAUGGCCGGCGGCGAGGGCAAGGCAGCGGUGCCAUUGCUGGAGAAGAAGCCUGAGGUGUACUUCGAUGGCUGCCCUGGCUGCGCCAUGGACCGCAGGAAGGCGGAGAACCCGGGGAUCCCGUACGUCCUGUUCUUCCAUAUGUGGAUCAUCAACCUUGUUACCUGUAUGCCAUUAUCGUCAUUGUUCCCGUACUUAUAUUUCAUGAUAAGGGAUUUUCACAUUGCAAAAAGAGUAGAAGAUAUUGGAUUCUAUGCUGGUUUUGUAGGCGCUUCAUAUAUGCUGGGUAGAACUUUGACUUCAAUAAUUUGGGGAAUUUUGGCGGAUCGCAUUGGACGGAAGCCAGUAAUUGUGAUUACAAUUUGCUCCAUGCUUGUGUUCAACACCCUAUUUGGACUCAGCGUGCACUACUGGAUGGCGAUAGCUACCAGAUUUUUUCUUGGUUUUUUACAUGGUUCACUUGGCACAAUAAGAGCUUAUGCUGUUGAAGUAUGUCGACCUGAGCAUCAUGCUAUUGCACUAUCACUUGUUAGCACAUCAUGGGCGGUAGCUCUUAUUAUUGGACCAGCCAUUGGUGGAUAUCUUGCACAGCCAGCAGAGAAAUAUCCAAAGUGGUUUCCAAUGAACUCAUUAUUUGGAAGGUUCCCAUAUUUCUUACCUAGUUUAUGUUUGUCGGUCUUCUACUUUGUUAUUCUCAUAAGCAGCAUAUGGCUCCCGGAGACACUACAUAUGCACAAACUUGAAAAAAGGGAAGAUCAACCAGCUGAUUCUCCAAUUGCAUAUUUAUCUAAUUCUGAAGAUUCGGUUAAGCAACAUAUUACAUCAACUUGGAGCUUAUUUAAAAAUUGGCCACUGAUGUCAUCUAUUGUUCUCUUUUGUAUUGCAUGCUUUGAUGAUAUGGCUUAUACAGAGAUGUUUCCUUUAUGGGCUGAAAGCAACAAAAAAUAUGGAGGACUAAGCUUCUCAACUAAGGAUGUUGGUAGCAUAUUUGUGGUGACAGGUUCUAGCAUACUUUUGUAUCAAACAUUUGUUUAUCCUCGUAUUAUAAAAGUUCUUGGACUAAUCAGUACUUGUCGUGUUGCAGCUAUUCUGUCUAUGGUGCUUCUUCUUACUUAUCCAUCUAUGGCAAAUUUUUCAAGAUCAUGGUUGUAUUGUGCAGUGAAUAUUGCAUCACUACUAAAAAACAAUUGUAUUGUUACUAUUGUAACAUGCUCCUUCAUUCUUCAGAAUAACUCUGUGCCUCAAGAUCAAAGAGCAACUGCAAAUGGAAUAUCAACAACUUUAAUGUCCUUGUCGAAGACAUUUGCUCCAGCAGGAGCUGGUAUCAUGUUCUCAUGGGCGCAAAAACACCAACAUGCUUUCUUGUUUCCAGGUGACCAAAUAUUGUUCUUCCUUUUAGCCAUGGUCGUAUUUUUGGAAUUUAUAUGGACAUUCAAGCCAUUUCUAGCAAUGGCAAAGGAAUCUUCUUCUAGUUCGUGCCAUUAAGAAGUUGUGAUCCUGUUUUAUUGUGACAUCUCGUAUCUACAAUCAUCCAUAUAGAUGCCAUUCUGAAAGCUACCAAGAACAUUGCUAGUUGUAUUAUAUAUAAUUAUAUGGUGAUUUUUUUUGUUGAACAGCUUAUUUAUAUGUUGAA